AAAACUCUGAAGCAGAAAAGCCAAGCAUCAGCAUCAGCAGUAGCAGUACCGGAGACACUUCAAGCCAAGAGUCGAAAGAAAAACUGGUUUUUGAGGAGGAUGUGCUUUUUACCCCCGAAGAAAAAGAAGAGAGGAAACGAAAACGACUCGCGAUGAGCUCGUGCUGUGUUAAGGAAGCAUGGAGAUACUACAGACAGGUGACUUACACGCCGGAAGCAGACUUGACUGUAGAAGAAGGAGAAGAAGAGAAAGACCAGAGGGUGGUUCGAUCUAUGGGUGUACUCUACGACCCAACUGUAGACCGGAGGAAGGUUUACCUUGGGAGGAAGUACAAGCAUCUGCUAGACGGCUUCCACAAGAUACAGGAAGCUCCGUCGUCUCCUUACAUACGCCCUCACCCGCCGCGUUUGAUGGACGUUACAGGUCGACGGCUGACGAUGCCCGGGGUCACCAGAGGUCAGAUGCCAGAAGUGGAUGUGGAGUAUAUACAUCCCGGCUCCAUCUCAGACAAGAGCCAAAUCAGCAGAAUCUACAACCUGUACUUUGCCAACGCGGUCGAAUCGGAGGAAGAUUCCACACAGACACACUCGGAGGACUUUGUGCAGCAGGGGCAGAGAGAUACACACAGGGAGAGAGGAGAUGAGAAACAUGUUGCUGAUGAGGAUUUUGACCUGGAAAAUUAUCCCUUAGACAACCAGGGGAACCCUAUUGGGAAAACUACAGGCUUCUGCGAGUGGUGCCAUCAUGAAAUUCUGCCUAUUCCAACCCCUUGGACUCUUCGAAACACAUGGGACAAAAGUAAAUUGUAUUGCUGUAAAAAGUACAAAGAUUUCCUUGACGAGGCGGAGGCCUUUGAGAAAAAAAUGCAGGCAGAAAAGGACGCUGCCAAUUUCCUCAUUGACAUUCGACCCCACGCACCUCUCACAGCGUCAGGACGAGAGAAGAAGAAGAAAGAAGGUGACGGGGAGGGCAAGGAGACCGAGGAGGAAGCACAGUUAGAAAGCUGAAGCGGUGCGCCUCUCCCGCAUGAAGACCAAAGGUGUGGACACGUUCGACCUGCCAUGGGACCCCUACGAGAGUAGAUUCAACCACCCGCGGCUCUUCAACGACGAGAUUUUCGAUGACAGCAUCUACCACUGCUAUCCGCACCCCGACGUCGUGUUCAGCCAGUCCGGCGUCUAUAUCGGUGCAACCGACACAAAGAAGGAAGGCGUUCCCAGUCCCUCUCCAGAUGGAACCAAUAAGCCGCCAAAGUCGAAAGAACAGGACGGACGAUAGUGAAGACAACGAUACAGGGUGCCUUUGGAUACCAUUGGAUGCGUUUUCAUCAUACCGUCCAAUGGCCAAGUGUGAUUUCUACACUUCUACUGUCGUGGCUGCUUAUAGGCUUUAAUUGUAAUAACAUACACUGACACUGUUGGGGUCGUACGUAGAGAUGAAUUAAGAUCCUUAACAAUAACUAGCAUUGCCGCUAUCAUUGAAAACGUUAGUGCUCUGGCAAAUACAAUGGGCACGCAAACAGAGGCCACACACGACUUGUCUCGCUAUACGCACGUGCGCGUGGACCUUUUCCCUCAUUGCCAUUUAAUUGGAUCCAGAUACAUUCAAAUAAUAGAGGUCCAUGGUGAAUCAGAAUUAACCAAGAGCGUAAAGUCUUGCAUAACAUAAUACGUGUGUAUGUCUAUGGUUUUUAUACUGACUCUAGUCGUAGUCAUUCAAGUAAGUGGUUUUAAUAGUGACAGUAGUGGCAGUAAAUCAUCAAUUCCAGGGUCACACCUUCACCUCACCUAUCCUGUAGACUGUGUGUCCGUUGGGGCGCUUUUGAAAAUUUGGUCACCAGCUUCCUCCACUCCUUCCGGUGUUCAGCUUUCUUGAGCGUGUCUUUUAGUUCCAGGACUGUCCAUUUCUUGAUGUUGUCCUCCUAACUCUUUUUCAGUCUGCCAAUUCUCCUUUCCCCAGAACGCUGCAUUGCAGAAUCAUCUUGGCAAGGCCGGAUGAACAGAUGAUGUGUCCAUACCAAUAAAGUUUUCAUUUCCUGACUAGAGUGAGAAGUUCGGCACGUCCAAUUUCGGUUUUGAUCCGUUGUUUGACUUCAUCAUCAGUGAUGCGAUCUUUGUAUGAGAUACCAAGGAUUUUUCGGAAGCAUCGCA